AUGAACGCAACCACAUUUAACAACACAACACCACGCUCUUCACCAUCUUCAGGGUUAAACAUUUACGCUGUGCUGAGCCCUACAUUUUAUCUGUGCCUCGUCAUUUACGAUGCGAUCAUCGCCGUGGCGACAACUCUGGCAAAUUUUCUCCUGCUCGUUGUAAUCUACCGCGAUCCUUUCCGUUGCCUGAGAACUCCGACAACUUUUCUGAUCGCAAAUCUCGGGGUGGCUGAUUUCUUUGUUGGAGCUCUCAUGGGAUUCGGUCGCACGGUGGAAAUGUAUUUCCUCUACAAAGGACACCGAGAGCCCCCGUAUCUAAAUACUUUCCAAUAUUUCAUAGGAGUACUGGCUAUGUUUGCGGCAGUUUGUUCCAUAAUAGCGAUGUCUUGGGAUCGUUUUGUAGCAGUAACAGACCACAUUAACUACAAGAACAGGAUAACAGUUAAGAGAGUGAAAUUGUACAUUCUGUUUAUUUGGUUAAAUGCGUCAUUUAUGGCCGUUUUACCCGCCGCUGGUGUCAAAAAAAUAACUUUCCUCUACGCAUACAGUUACUCGCAUGUGUUUCUUCCUGCAAUCCUCCUGACAGUCGCCUACGUUGUGGUUUUCAGGACGUUGUCUCAAAAACUACAAACUUUUAACCGGCGAGUGUGUGCAGGAAACUCGACGAACGAAACGCGGAGGAACUUUCAACGAGAGAAAAAGCUGGUGUUAGCCAUCUUCCUUGUGUUAGUUGUGUUCUAUACUUGCUUUUUUCCGUUUGUUGUCAAGGUACACUUGUGGUUCUUCUGUUCACAAUGUGAAACCUCCGCUGCUUUCAUAACAUACCACUUCAUAACAAAUGAUAUUUUAUCACUUUCUUCGCUAAUCGAUCCUUUUAUCUAUGCCUGGCGACUGCAAAGCUUUCGUAAGACGUUCCUUACAGUGUUGGGCUUGAGACAACGCAUUACCGAUGAACGGCCUGUUUAAAAAACAUAUCAAUGUGCACGGAUCGUGUGUGGAAAAAAGAGGAAGGAUACGUUUUCAUAUUGCGCAAUAUCACAUAUCCUUUAUCGUCAUCUCGACAAAACAUAGCAAAAAUGACAAAAAGUGUCUUUCAAAAGCAUAGCGCAAAAAAAAUCUG